GCCGGCAGCGCGCACUGCGGUGACGUGGUGGUGUUCCCGGACGCAGGCCAUGGAGAGCGCGGUGGCUUUGCCUCAGCUGCCGCCGCACGACCCGGGGACGCCGGCGCUGUCGGUGGUGGACAUGCACACUGGCGGCGAGCCCCUGCGCAUCGUGCUGGCGGGGUGUCCGGAAGUGGUUGGCCCCACGCUGCUGGCCAAGCGGCGCUACGUGCGCCAGCACCUUGACCACUUGCGACGACGGCUCAUGUUCGAGCCACGCGGGCACCGGGACAUGUACGGGGCCGUGUUGGUGCCUAGCGAGCUGCCGGACGCGCAUUUGGGCGUCCUGUUCCUGCAUAACGAGGGCUACAGCUCCAUGUGCGGCCAUGCAGUGCUGGCGCUGGGCCGCUUCGCCGUCGACUUCGGGCUCGUCCCCGCGGCCCCGGUCGGUGCCCGCGAGGUCCGCGUCAACAUCCACUGCCCGUGCGGGCUGGUGGCCGCCUUCGUGGAAUGCGAGGGCGGCCGCAGUCGCGGCCCUGUGCGCUUCCACAGCGUCCCGGCCUUCGCGCUGGCCACAGAUCUUUUAGUGGAUGUUCCUGGUCGUGGAAAGAUGGCAGUAGACAUUGCAUAUGGUGGAGCGUUUUAUGCAUUUGUUAGUGCUGAAAAGUUAGGACUUGAUGUUUGUUCUGCAAAGACAAGGGACCUUGUGGAUGCAGCGAGUGCAGUGACGGAAGCAGUUAAAACUCAGUUUAAAAUAAAUCAUCCUGAGAGUGAAGACCUUUCCUUUCUGUAUGGAACUAUAUUAACUGAUGGAAAAGACACUUACAGUGAGGAACCAACCACCAACAUCUGUGUGUUCGCAGAUGAGCAGGUUGACAGAAGUCCUACUGGAUCGGGAGUGACAGCUCGAAUUGCCUUACAGUAUCACAAAGGGCUUCUAGAACUGAACCAGACCAGAGCCUUUAAAAGCAGUACAACUGGCUCAAUAUUCACAGGGAAGGCUGUGAGGGAAGCAAAAUGUGGAGAUUUUAAAGCUGUUAUAGUUGAAGUAUCCGGACAAGCCCAUUAUACAGGUACAGCAAGUUUUAUAGUGGAAAAUGAUGACCCACUGAGGGAUGGAUUCCUUCUCAAAUGACUUCUGUGAGUUUUCAGCGCUCUCUCUGAAUUACAUGGAAAAUGAUCUUCAAAUUGUACAUGUCAGCCAAGUUCCAUUCUUUCUAAAAUAGGAUGCUGUGUCUAAAUGUAAUCAUUGUACCUCAUCUUUGCACAUGUAAUUGGUAUAAAUAUCACCUAUGUCAGCUUACAAAAUGCUGAAAAUUCAGAAUAUUUUUCUAGUGAUUAACCUAUCGGGCAAAAUUAACACCUUAGCCUUUGUUAGUUUUAAAAUGUUAUGCUCUGCUAGUUCCUAUGAUACUUUGUUUUAGAUGCUCUUUGACUAAUAAUAGCUUGAAUUGUAGCCCUCACAACAAUGCCUCUUACAAGUCCAUUAUUAUAGUCUUCAGUUUUCAAGUAAGAUAAUGUCCUCUCUCCGAGCAGGAUGUAAGGGAGAUGGAUUAUUUAUUAUAAGGUACUCAACACUUGGCAUACAUAGCCUGGGAUGGAUUAGGAUGGGUCAGCUUCUUUGGGCAGAUAUCACGGCUGCUGCCAGGACCUUCUCUCUGCUGCAAGGCCCUGCUCCCACACCGAGGCAGCUGAAGUGCCAUAAGCUGGUGUGAGAAGACCAAUAAUCAGACUUUGGCUCUUAUAAGAGGGAUUGUUUACUGCAUUAUAAACUCAGUGGAAAUCAACGAAUUACUACGGUACGAUGAAUCUCUUACUCCAACAAUUAAAUGCCAGGUAGAUUUAAAACCUGAAAGAAAUGUUAACUAUUAAUUCUCGCUAGUUAAUUGUCUAUGAGCCUGUUAAAAAUAAAAUUUGACCAUUUUCAGUCACUAUAAAAUGAAGUAUGAAAAACUUCUUCAAUAUGUGAUGCCCUCAAUAUUCAGUAGAGUCACCUGUGAGAUAAGUAAUAUAUUUUUUCCUGAGCAUACAGAAACUGAAGUGAUUACUUUUAACUGGUUUUGUCAUCUGGUUAAGUCUGUAAUUGAAUUACCUGACCAAAAUGAAGGCUUCUUAGCUUAUAACUUUACAGUUAAUGUUCCUGGAUUCCCCAUUGUACAAAAACUAAUGUUUUCCACUCAUUCUCUAUAAAAUCCUGUGGUAAAGGAAUCACCUACCUUCAAAAAAUUGACACUAGCUUACUACAACCAAGAAAUUUUCUACACAUUAGAGAGAUUUGUUGUACAUUCAUCUUAAAAUGAAAAUAGAACUACUAUUCUCUCUUCAAAUUUCACGUCACAUUAACUUGAAAAAGAUACAUAUACUGUUUAAAAGUUACAUUUUACAGCAUUUUGUAGUGGGCCACAUGCAUAUCCUCUAACGAAGUACACCACAAAAGGCGAAUUGUCCUAUGGCUACCAAGGGUGGAGAGUAUUUUAUCACUGAUGUUGAUUAAAUUGUUAGCACUUGGUGAUGAUAAAAAGCAGACUCACUUUAGU